GUCAGAGGGGACGUCGGUGUUUGUGCAUCGACCGUGCGCAUGCGCCAGGCCUUCAGAGGAAGGAAAUAAUGUCGAUAGAGGACCCGUUUUUCGUUGUAAAGGGGGAGGUGCAGAAGGCCCUCUCCCGUGCUCGGGGUCUGUUUGACAGAUGGGAGGAACUGUUACAGGAGGGGACACAGGUGAGUCGGGAUGAGCUGGACUGGAGUGCCAAUGAGCUGAGGAACUGUCUGCGGGCCAUCGACUGGGACCUGGAGGAUCUCAGCGAAACUAUCAGCAUUGUGGAGUCAAACCCAGGGAAGUUCAAGCUGGGCGAAAAUGAGCUUCAGGAGAGGAGAGGCUUUGUGGAGCGAACCAGGAAGUCUGUUCAGGAGAUGAAAGAUCAGUUGUCCAGCCCUUCUGCUGUGGCUCAGGCAGAGAAAAGGAACAGACAGGAACAGGACCGGUCAACUGGAUUGGAGGCUCAUCUGGUGUCGGCCAACUCUAGGUACAUCCAGGAGCAGCAGGAGCAGCAGCAGCUGAUCAUGCAGGAGCAGGACGAGCAGCUGGAGUUGGUGUCCGGAAGCAUCAGAGUCCUCAAAGACAUGUCCGGACGUAUCGGAGAUGAGCUCGAUGAGCAGGCCGUCAUGUUGGGGGAUUUUGGAGAUGAGAUGGACCAGACGUCGUCCCGCAUGGAUUCGGUCCUAAAGAAGCUCGAGAAAGUUUCUCACAUGACCAGCAGUCGCAGACAGUGGUGUGCCAUCGGCGUGCUCGUCGUCAUCAUGAUUGUCGUCCUCAUCCUUUUCUUUGCUCUCUGAAGACCGCUGACCUCUCCGUGACGUUCACCUGCUCCUCCCUGUCAGGAUGAAUAGACAGAAACCGACGGAAAGAAAGGAUGCCUCCUCCUUCCCCCCUCCCCCUUCAAUCGCUCCCUUUACUCACACUGAGGAGAGAAAACGGUGACCCCGCAGAGAAAGGUUAAGAUGCGAUGAUGAAAUCUGCUUUUACUGGAUCUGAUGGAAAGGAGAAAAGCAGCAGAACUUGGCUAGAGAGAAACGCUAAGAUGGUAUUUAGGUGUUUUUUUUUUUGUUUUUCUUUUUGUAUUUGUGCAUUGCAGUUAUUGUUGGUAAUGAUGGUACGUGAUGUUGGGCUAAAACCCAAAUCCGAAAAACGGCCUUGCUUCUUGAGAUUAUUUACAUCAUUAAGAACCGUGGGGGUUUGAAAAAUACACUCACAAGUACCUAAUGAAGAUAAAAUGGAAAGCACCAUUCAACAGUGAAUACGCCAUUUUAUCAAGGUGCGUUUUUAUAGGUAAGAAGUACUUUCGGAUCGUAUGCAUUUAAGUAUUAAAUUCACCAAAUCUACCUGCUUGCGUUUUUAAACCCAACAAAAAUCAAAUUUCACAGGUGAGACGAGUGGCGGGCUGUUGCCUUAAAUAUAUUUUUAUACUAUUUUUGUAAUGUGCAUUAUGUUUAUGUGCCUACCUGCAAAUUAGAAUGAAAAUAAAUCACCUACAAAUUAAAGGUUAAAAAAAACAACAACAACGUGAUUGAGCCAGCCUCAGGCGGUUCUUUUUCUAGUCCGACACGUCUGACACAUCCACAUCUCUGCUGAGGAGGAAAUUGUCGGCCGUAAGUGAAAACAGUGAUCAGUGUCUGUGGUCGAAACAUAAGAGCUGCCGCCGCAGACAUCCAUCCAUCCAUCCAUCCAUCCAUCCCUGUCGUAGAUGCAGCUCGUGUUUGGUCGGAAAACGUUCAGGUCCCUCCAGGGAAGCGCUUUGUUUCCCGCCCUGAAGAGGAUGGGGUGAAGUCGGGUCUGCAGGCGCCCGCCUCUGCACGCCGUCAGACGUUAAACGGCGUGAUUGGCUGGGGCUGCGCUGCUCUCGCUGGCUGAUGAGAGACGGCCUUGACUGGGAGCGAAUGGGUUCGCCUCUUUUAUUUAAAAGCCUCCGCUAAUGAGGAGAAAUGGUUGCUGGGCAAGAUGUUUCUUUGUGUGGCCCAGAGUUAGGCUCACAGCUCCCUCUGCUGGAUGCUGAGGGUUAUGGUUUUUGUUUUUUUUGUUUUUUAUCUUUUCAGGCAACACUAAGGUGUGUUAAAGCGCUGUAUCAUAAGCACAACGCUUUCAUUUGUGUUUGUAAGCACAUCCAUAUUCAACUUCUGUUUUUUUUAGUAAUCCAAAUGUAAUUUGAACUUUUGAUUUUUGUCUUAGAGGGGAAAAGUAACUUUUAAUCCAGUUUGUCUUAAAUCGGCUCCAAUUCAGGAUCCAUCAUCCUCCAUGCAGUCGGGCUUGAAGAUGAAAGCCUUCUCACUGCCGGAGCCAAGUGAGGUUUAUUCCUCUAUGUACGCAUGCUUUUGCAUAUUUAAACCCUCACGCUGCAAGUAGAAGGAAACGAGGAAAAACAUUUUUAAUUCUUAAAACAUGUUUUCCCACUUCUGUGUUACCGUUAAGAUCGCUUGAACUAAACUGGAGGGGGUCAGUAACGAUUAAGGUACCGGUAGAUUUUUAACACGGCUGCUUUUUGCCAUUAAACUUGAGCCACACCUCUGUGUUAUGUACUGCUACAUCUGAUUUCACUGUAUUAUACCAGGAAAAAAACACUUGUUUUCAGAAGUAUCAUUCAGACUGAUGUGCUGAGCUUCAUUUCUUGGUUGGUUUGGCUUCAAGAAGGGCGGAAUAAACCAACUCGAAGUGCUUUAAACCUUUAGCACCCAAAUAAUAAAUGAAAUGUAUUCCAAAUUAAGAAACGGAUUAUUUUUCCAGCCCUGUUUUAACAGUUACGAACCAGUUGCUUUAAUGUUAACACGGAUUUAAAAGGUUUGUUUGGUUAAUUUGGAUUGUUUUGGGGGAAAUGUUAUUUGAGGGGGUCCUGAGCUGACCGAGCGUUUAAAAACUGCCAUCAGACGUGUCUUAAAAUAUGUGCCAGCUUUCAGGAUUAAUCCGCCUGCAGAUAACGGCUAACAACUAUUGUUUGUUUGUAUAAAAAAUAUAUAACUUAUUGACGAGACAAUGAAGACGUUUUUCAGACAAGGUGGGUUACAUUGUGCUCUGUGUAUUGUGACCAUAAGAAAACUACAGUAUGGUUUAGUUUUUUAUUUGUCACUGUUCAUGUUACUCAGUGGCCAUUUUUGACUUGAGUCCGGUCUGAUUAAAAAAAAAAAACUGAACAUUGUCUAA